AUGCAAGGCCGGAGCAACACAAAAGAACGAAACGAAUAUAAUUCUUCUCAUCGGAAGAGAAACAGUGAGGACGAUGCCUUUUAUCAAGGCGUGUAUAUUGGCGUUCUUAAUAAGUUUUACGACCUUCGCAUAGAGAAGCCAGAGCUUGCCAAAACCAUAGCACACCCAUUUUUCCGUAUCGUUUCUAUUUCGACGGAGUAUGACGAGAUCCAACUUGCUGAGUAUGUCGAGAAUAGAUGCAACGAGAUUUUUCAGUCGGACAUCUCUUCUGGGAUGAAAGUAUCGACCGUACAACGGCGGUUUGAGCGGAAUAAAGUGAUUGAAACACUACACUUGAUGGUCGAUGCGAUAGAGAUGAAGGACUUCUCGUUCUCUUCCACUGAGAACAAUGCGCACGUUGACAAACACACUUAUUACAUCAAAGACAAAUACAACACUCUAGAUAUUAUUAAAAAGGGGUGUAAAAUAAACGAGUUCAUCACGCAGCUGUUUACGUACGAGAGCGAACUUCUUCUUCAAAAGAAUGACCAAUCCCUUCAACAAAUUCUUGGCUUCUGA